AUGCCCAGACACUCAGAACUCUCUCCAAUCACGAGAACAAAGAUCUGCGCCCUGCGCAACCACGCCAAUUUCUCGUACAACAAAAUCGCCAAAACUUUUCCAGACAUUCCUCGCACCACGAUUAUCCGCACCUGCCAGCAAGAGGCAGUCCGUGGUAAAGACAAUAAAAGCCUUCCUCGCACGGGCAGACCCAAGAUCCUGACUCCGGGAGACCAUGACUUGAUCCGCGCUUAUAUGCGUCAAAGGCCUAAUUGCCGAUACGAGGAGCUUGUGGAUCUGGUUGGUAAGAAGAUCAGCUGUUGUACAAUGUCCAAGAUGGUUUUGCUUGAAUACAUGCACGACGUUACUUUCGUCUGCUGCACCAUUCUGAGGAAGAAAGGGAUCGAGGUCAUUCUCGUGUUAAGACUUGUGAUGAAUGAAAUGAAUGAUGAGUUUGGCGUCGGCAUAAGAGGGCCCAUCGUUUCGGAUUCCUGA